AACAACAGGCGGCAUGCUGUGGAUUUCAUGAAUUAAUCGUGUAUUUCAAGCAAUUUGUGUUUAUAGUAAAAUAACUACUCUUUGAAAACAAUUCCAGCAAAAUGCCGAAAGAGCAAUUUCGCGAAGCUGAUGUGAUCAAAAAAAUCUCCCAUGUGCAGUUUUGCAUCAGCAGUCCCGAAGAAAUACAACAGGAAUCACAUUUGCGCAUUGUUUCCAAAAAUCUAUACCAGGGACAACGCCAGCCGGUGCCCUAUGGCGUGCUGGAUAAACGUAUGGGUGUGAGCUCGAAAGACGCCACCUGUGACACAUGCGGCCAAGGCCUAAAUGAAUGUAUCGGUCAUUUCGGUUAUUUGGAUCUUGCCUUGCCAGUAUUCCAUAUUGGACACUUCCGGUCGACAAUAUCAAUCUUGCAAAUGAUUUGUAAAAGCUGCUCGCAUGUUAUGCUGCGUGAAGUCGAUAAGCGUAUAUAUGAAAAAAAAUUACUUAAUCCAAAUCUAUCAUAUUUAGCAAAGAAAUCUUUGCAUGGGCAAAUAUUAAACAAAGCAAAGAAACAGACGAAAUGCCCUAAUUGUGAAGCACCCAAUGGCGGUGUAAAGAAAGGUCCAGGUUUAUUAAAAAUUCUACAUGAUCCCUGUAAGGGAAAGAAACCGGACGCUAUAAUGACCGAUGCACUAAAUGAAUUGCUGCAAGCAACUGAAAAUAAUCGCGAAUUGCAGCAAAUGCUGACGUCAUACAAUCAAGUUGAGGAGCUUAAUCCUUUAACCGUAUUGGAGUUAUUCAAAACAAUACCGAAAAACGAUAUACCACUUUUAGGUAUGACUUCUGACGAUGCCAGUCCGGCAAAUUUGAUCGUGACUCGAGUUUUCGUGCCACCGGUAUGCAUUCGUCCCUCUGUGCUGUCCGAGGUAAAAGCAGGCACCACCGAAGAUGACUUGACCAUGAAGCAAAGCGAAAUUUUACUUAUCAACGAUGUUAUACAAAAACAUAUGACGGGUGGUGGCAAAAUUGAGCUCAUUCAAGAAGAUUGGGAUUUUUUACAACUUCACGUUGCACUAUACUUUCACAGCGAAAUUUCUGGUAUUCCACUAAAUAUGGCACCCAAGAAGACCACACGCGGCAUUGUUCAACGUUUGAAAGGCAAACAAGGCCGAUUUCGCGGUAAUCUCUCUGGCAAACGAGUGGACUUCUCCGGUCGUACCGUAAUCUCACCAGAUCCUAACCUCAUGAUACAUCAAGUAGGUGUACCUGAGCGUGUUGCUAAAAUACUUACCUAUCCGGAGCGUGUAAAUCCCGCUAAUAUACAAAAAAUGAAAGAGUUGGUGAAAAAUGGCACACAGAAACAUCCUGGUGCAAAUUAUGUCCAACAACGUGGCUCCACAUUCAAAAAGUAUCUUGCUUACGGCAAUCGUGACAAAGUAGCACACGACUUAAAGUGUGGUGACAUUGUGGAAAGGCAUUUAUGCGAUGGCGAUAUAGUGCUUUUCAAUCGCCAACCAUCACUACAUAAAAUGUCGAUUAUGUGUCACCAAGCUAAGGUGCAGCCACAACGUACAUUCCGUUUCAACGAGUGUGCUUGUACGCCAUAUAACGCAGAUUUCGACGGCGAUGAAAUGAAUUUACACUUGCCACAAACAGAGGAGGCGCGUGCAGAAGCUCUAAUACUCAUGGGCAAUAAAUCGAAUCUGAUAACACCGAAAAAUGGUGAAAUACUCAUUGCGGCGACACAAGAUUUCAUAACUGGCGGCUAUUUGCUCACGCAAAAAGAUGAAUUUUUGACCAAGGAGCAAGCAAUGCAGCUAGCUGCAUGCUUUCUAGCCGGACCUGAUGCCAAUAUGCGCAUUGAUAUGCCGCCACCGGCAAUAUUGAAACCACGAAAACUCUGGACGGGCAAACAAAUAUUCAGUCUACUAUUGCGUCCGAACAAAGAAUGUCCGGUGAUGGCGAAUUUGAUAACCAAAGGCCGUAAUUAUACAUCCAACUAUGAUCUAUGUAUACGAGAUUCGUGGGUGAUUAUACGUAACUCGGAGCUAAUUUGUGGUUCCAUGGAUAAAAGCACUUUGGGUUCGGGCACCAAAAACUGCAUAUUCUAUGUUAUACUCCGUGACUUCGGUGAACUCUAUGCUACCAAAUGCAUGUGGAGGUUGGCAAGGAUCGCAUCAUAUUUCAUACAAAAUCGUGGCUUCUCCUUCGGCAUUAGCGAUGUAACACCCAGCAAUAAGUUGUUGGAGGAAAAACAAAAGCUAUUAGAAAAUGGCUAUGCCAAAUGCAAUGAAUACAUUUUGGAAAUGAAGAAAGGUACACUACAAUGUCAACCAGGUUGUACACCGGAACAAACAUUAGAGGCCGUAAUGCUGCGUGAACUCUCUUCUAUACGUGAGCAGGCAGCUAAGGCUUGCUUCCGUGAGCUGCAUCCCACUAAUAGUGCACUUAUAAUGGCGCUGUCCGGUUCCAAAGGCUCCAACAUCAAUAUAUCACAGAUGAUUGCUUGCGUCGGCCAACAGGCUAUCAAUGGCAAGCGUGUACCAAAUGGAUUUGAAAAUCGUGCUCUGCCACAUUUCGAAAAAUUCUCCGCCAUACCGGCUGCACGUGGUUUCGUACAAAAUAGUUUCUACUCGGGUCUGACGCCUACGGAAUUUUUCUUCCAUACUAUGGCUGGACGUGAGGGUUUGGUCGAUACGGCUGUGAAAACGGCCGAGACUGGUUAUCUGCAGCGUCGUUUGGUGAAGUGCCUGGAAGAUCUGGUUGUACACUACGAUGGCUCCGUUCGUAAUGCCAUAGGUGAAAUAGUUGAGUUGAUAUAUGGCGGCGACGGCCUAGACCCCGUUUUCAUGGAAGUCAAAAAUAAACCUGUAGAUUUGGUACGCCAGCUAAAUCAUUUGCGCGCCACCAUGCCCGAUCGUAAAAGCACACCGCAAGCCGCAGCGGAUAUUUCACCAGUAGUGCGUAAAAUACUCACCGAAGAUCAAUUUACCAUGAGUCGCAAAGAUUUUCAAAGCGAAAUUAUCACAUUUAUCGAAAAAGUCGCACAAAAAAUCGCCAAUGUACAAGCCAAAUACCGACGUCACCCGAAAUUGGCUAACGAAAUUGAACGCCUGACUGAGGAACAAAUCCGCACAUUUAUGCGUUGGGUCAAUGACAAAUACAAUCGUGCUGUAACUGAACCUGGCACUGCUGUGGGCGCUGUUGCGGCGCAAAGUAUUGGUGAGCCAGGCACACAGAUGACAUUGAAAACCUUCCAUUUUGCUGGUGUGGCGUCGAUGAAUAUUACACAGGGUGUACCACGUAUUGUCGAAAUUAUUAAUGCGACAAAAACAAUUUCAACGCCUAUUAUAACUGCUGAAAUUGAGAAUAACACCAGCAUGGAGUUUGCGCGUAAAGUGAAGGCGCGAAUUGAGAAGACUACGCUCGGCGAGAUUUCAUCUUACAUCGAGGAGGUAUAUAGGCCAGAUGACUGUUUCUUAGUUAUACGCUUAGAUUUAAACCGCAUAAAAGUUUUAGGUUUAGAGAUUAAUGCCGAAACAGUACGUUACUCCAUCUGUACGUCGAAGCUGCGCAUCAAACCGGCGUUAGUAGAUGUUGUCGGCUCCUCAGUAAUAACUGUACACAUUGAUACUGCCAAACAUGGCGCCACACUCAACGCCGAACUACAACGCCUCACCAUAUCCAUACAAAAUGUCGUCGUUGCUGGUUUGCCGAAUAUUUCACGCGCUGUCAUCGCUAUUGAUGAUGCACACACGCCGGCCACAUAUAAACUGUGUAUUGAGGGCGCAGGCUUACGCGAUGUUAUGGCCACUUUUGGUGUUGUCGGCGCACGCACCAAAAGCAACAAUAUCUGGGAAGUUUAUAAUACAUUGGGUAUUGAGGCUGCACGCACCACCAUCAUGACGGAAAUCACGGAUGUGAUGGAAGGGCAUGGCAUGAGUGUUGAUCAUCGUCAUAUUAUGCUGCUGGCUAGUCAGAUGACGUCGCGCGGUGAAGUGUUGGGCAUAACGCGACAUGGUUUGGCCAAAAUGCGUGAAAGUGUCUUCAAUCUGGCUUCGUUUGAAAAAACCGCCGAUCACUUAUUCGAUGCCGCCUACUUUGGUCAAACGGAUGCCGUGGAUGGUGUUUCCGAGCGUAUUAUACUGGGCAUGCCCGCCUCCAUUGGUACCGGACUCUUUAAACUUAUACACAAUCAUGAGGACACCGCAUUGCCGGAAGUGGAACCGCCAUUAUUUCAUGCUGUAUCAGCGUGACCUCUGUGGUAAAUGGACUAUACCAAAUCGGUGAUAUUUAUGUAUGCAAUUUAUUGCAAGAAAUACUGUUAAUUCUACGGUUGUAAGCGGUCGAAACGAAAAAUUAAUUUCUGAAAAAUAAAUAUACUAAGAAAUAUGUAAUUCUAA